GCGGUGCGCGAUGCUGUCUCACGCCGACCUCCUGGACGCCCGUCUCGGGAUGAAAGAUGCGGCUGAGCUGCUGGGACAUCGGGAGGCGGUGAAGUGUCGGCUGGGCGUAGGGGGCUCGGAUCCGGGGGGACACCCGGGAGACAUGCCUCCCAACUCGGACACGGUGGAAGGGACCACCCUGCUGCCGGGGGACGACAUCACCACGGUGGGAUCCAACCCCAGCUCCCUAGCCGUCAGCGCCAAAGACGCCGACAAGCAGCAAGGCCAGCAGGGCGGCCAGAACCCCAGCCAGGCCGGGCAGCAGCAGGGGCAGCAGAAGCAGAAGCGGCACCGCACCCGCUUCACGCCGGCGCAGCUCAACGAGCUGGAGAGGAGCUUCGCCAAGACUCACUACCCGGACAUCUUCAUGCGGGAGGAGCUGGCCCUGCGCAUCGGCCUCACCGAGUCCCGGGUGCAGGUAUGA